AUGGUCUUGAAGGUCUCUUCCAACCUUGAUGCUUCUGAGAGUUCGGUGGUGCUGUACCCCCUACAGCAGCUCCUUCCCUUGCCGCGCCGAGCGAGGAAGGAGGAGAGGGCGGAGCUGCUGCACCCCUCGCCGCUCCCCCAAGGUAAGGCGAGCCCGGGGGUGCCCGGGACCCCCGUUAGCGCCGAGGGCUGUGCCAACAGAGCCGGGUCCUGCCUCUCCACACAGCCCAGCACCCGUCGGGCCGGUUCCCUGCGCUGGGACCAUCGCGGGAGCCAGACGGCCGAGCCACGAGGCUCCGGGGAGGGAAUGGGGCUGGUCUUUUGUUCCGCUUGGAGCACGCGUUUCCGCAGUGCGGAUCCCCAGUCUCGUUCGAAGUUGGUUGUCCUGAUUGUAAAGGUGUCCGAUGUUCGCCUUGAAUGGAAGGUGGAGCACCUCAUUCAGUGUUUGCAUAAAAUGCUUGCGCAGGCCACAGCGAUUAUUCAGUUCGUGCAAAGCAUGGACCAACAGAAUCACCAAGGUAAGAUGUCCCUGCACGCCUGGCAGAAGGAGAUGGGCAUCGAGCUGGUGCAGAUCAACGGGCAGAGGUGCUACGGAGGGCCCCCCCCAGGCUGGGUGGGCGGCCCGCCGCCGUUCGGCACCGAGGUGUACAUCGCCAGGCUGCCGCAGGACAUCUACGAGAACACGCUGAUCCCGCUGUUCCAGAGCGUGGGGAAGCUCUACGAGUUCCGCCUGAUGCUCACCUUCAGCGGGCUCAACCGCGGCUUCGCCUACGCGCGCUACGCCUCCCUGCAGGACGCGCGCAGGGCCAUCGCCACCCUGCACCGCUUCCCGCUGCGCCCGGGCUGCGCCAUCGUCGUCUGCUGGAGCACACAGAAGCGCGAGCUCGUCAUCAGCGGCCUGGGCGUCUCGGUGAGCCAGCAGGAGCUGGGGGCCAGGCUGCAGAUGGUCACUGAGGGGAUCCACAGUGUCACCCUGCAUGACAGCCCCUACCAGGGACAGCUCGUUGUGCUGAAGUACAAGUCGCACAAGGCUGCUGCCCAGGCCAGGAAAACCCUGAUGGAAGGGAACCUGAGGCUCGGGAAGGCAGGGAUCAGGGUGGACUGGCUGGACCCCCAGCUGAAGAAGAAUCUGCAGCUCUGUGAGGAGAAGCCAUCGUCCGGCUGGCUGCAGGGAGGCGAGAGCCUGGCAGAGCCGGUGGCCCCAUCUCCACUACUGCAGAGCGUGCUGGGGAGCCUGAACAUGCUGUGCUGCAAGUAUGGCCUGAGGACACCCGUGUUCUCAACCAAGUGUGUCCAGGUGAACCGCAGUGGGUGGAAGAAGUUCUGGUGCCAGGUGUCGAUCCCAGGAUUCAAUGCACCCAUCGUGUGCUUCACGUGGGUCUUGUCAGACAGGCAGGGCCAGAGCGAGCAUGACGAGGCCAAGGUGCUAGCGGCCCUGAACCUUCUGCAGCUGUUCAACGAGGCCUUGAAGAUGUGCCAGCUGAUACAGGCAGCUGCUCUGCUGAAGCCGUGAUGGAGCCUGAGCUCUACUGGGCUCCCAGCCCUGUUCCAGCUUUCCUUCGGGAUGUCUGCAUCGGUUUUGAGAGCUGGCUCUGGAGGAUAAAGGCUGCUGCCCUGUUCCGUGGCAGCCACCCUGUCCCCGGGCCGCUCUUGAGUUGGUUCUCGUUUUGGGUUGUUGUUCCUGCCAAGUUUGGCUUGUUAUGCUGGUUUGUGUUGUGUCUGGAGGGGCAGAUCCAGGAGAAGCAGCAGCUCUCAGAGGAGGUGCCAACAGGAGGAGGUGCCAACAGCAGAUGCCAUUGUCAUGAAUUCCUCUACUGGCAUUCCUGGUUCUUAAAGAACAGCCUCAGGGGAGGACAAGGUCACAAACAGGGAGUGUGGAAGUGGUCACAGAUGUUCUGUGGGCUAGUGGAGCUGCUGUGUGAGGAGAAGAGUGGAGUGCCUGUAACCUCUUUGCAUAAUGAGGAAGCAGCUGUGAGGUUGCCAGCUGACCAUGAAUGAUUCCUCAGGAGUGGGAGGUCACAUGUUCUUUUGGGA